AUGGAGUUGGAGCAUAAGGCUUAUUGGGCUCUCAAAUUGCUCAACUUCAAUGAAGCCGCAUGUGGAGAAAAGAGAAGAUUACAAUUGAUGGAGUUAGAAGAAAUGAGACUUAAUGCUUACGAGUCAUCCAGAAUUUAUAAGCAGAAGAUGAAGGCGUAUCAUGACAAAAAGUUGCAGAGAAAAGACUUCCAGCUAGGACAACAGGUUUUACUCUUUAACUUCAGGCUUAGAUUGUUCCCAGGAAAGCUAAAAUCAAAGUGGUCAGGGCCAUUUGUGAUUAAAGAAGUGAGACCACAUGAAGCAGUAGAAUUAAUGGACCCUGCAGGAGGCAACCUUGAGAGGAGAUGGAUCGUUAAUGGACAGCAUUUAAAGAUCUAUAAUGGGUGA